CUGUGGGGCUGGAGGGCCCUAGAAGGUUCUUCCCACCCCUGGUUGAGAAGGCUUGGACUGUUACAAGGUAAAGCCUGACUUAGGGAUGGUGUUUGGGGCAGCCUGCUAACCCAUUGCUGGCUCCCCACCCCUCUCUGGUUCCUGGGUUACCCUCCCCCACUUUCCUUUCUCUUGCCUGGCUCCUUGCUCUCCCUGAGGCCCCCUCUGAAGCAGUAGGAGGGAAAUCAGGCUCUAAAUAAAUCCAACGGCUCAUCUCCCUCCUCUCCUUCCCCCGUGCCAGGCAAGAGUAGAGCUGCAGCCUGCCCACACACUCACCAGGCGAGGGGGGCACCACCAGGGCACAGUGCCAACUCCUGGCAGCUCCAAAGCACUGAGCCUCUGGCUGUUCUGGCAUAACAGGGGGUGGGGGAGGCAAGACCCCAGGGUCUGCUUGGUGGGGCAGCCCUGGCCUCCCUGAGUCAUGGGUGAGCUCUGAGGACCUGGGAGAGAUGGAGAGGGAUUGCAUUCUGAGCAUGACUCACGGAACAUUAGGAAGAGACCCUGUCGUUCCCAUCUUAGGCUAAGAGGUCAGGUAACCCAGGUGCCCCAGGCAGGAACACAACAAUGACUCAGGCUGAGAGCCUGGAGAACAGAGGAAGGGUCAGACUCCUCUCCCAUCUAGGAAGCAUCUGGCAUGUACUUACCAACGCAGGUGGUCAUCCUGCCUCACCUGCCCCCUCGCCUGCUGGCCCCUGUUCACUUCAGACAGCUGUUUCCCACAGAGGCAUCUCCUGUGCCCCAGGCCCCUGGGAUGAGAUCCCCAACUCAGCUGAUAUAGCUAAGGUUCUUCCCGGGGCUCAGCUGCUCUUUAUCCUGCUGCCAAGCCGGCCUUAUUUAGUUCUCAAGGGAGAUGGGAACGUGCUCUGUGAAAUGGAGGCCCUUCCCUCCUCGUGCUGUCUUCAUGCCUUGGGUCUAGCACGGACAUUGUCGUUAGCUUCCACACUAGGACCUGGGCUGCCCGCAGGCUGACCAGCCCUCUUGCCCACGGUGGGCUGGGCAAGCUGUGUGAGUUUGUCUUCCUCACCCAGAAUCAGGCCUCCGCUGCCUUCUGUGGUGGUCAUGCACAGUGGGUCUGAAGGAAUGUUCCUCAGCCUGAGAACAUUCUACUACACACGCACACACGUGUACAUCCCUACACGGUCCCUUUAUCUAGGCUCCUGCCUGAUCUCUGCCCCCUGGACCUCAGAACUGAUGCAUGUAUCACUUUAGGCUUCUGCUCAUAAAGAGGGGAAACUGAAGCAGGAAACCAAAGACUCCCUUCUCCCUAGACUGGGCGGGGAAACCCAGACAUUCUGACUUCUUCCCUCCUGCCCUGAGGUCCAGCUUCCCUUGUUCAUCAACCUCAUGGCCUUGAAGGGUUCAGCCGACUCCUAUACCAGCCGCCCAUCUCUGGACUCAGACGUCUCCCUGGAGGAGGACCGGGAGAGUGCCCGGCGUGAAGUGGAGAGCCAGGCUCAGCAGCAGCUGGAAAGGGCCAAGCACAAACCUGUGGCAUUUGCUGUGAGGACCAAUGUCAGCUACUGUGGCGUACUGGAUGAGGAGUGUCCAGUCCAGGGCUCUGGAGUCAACUUUGAGGCCAAAGACUUUCUGCACAUUAAAGAGAAAUACAGCAAUGACUGGUGGAUCGGGCGGCUAGUGAAAGAGGGCGGAGACAUCGCCUUCAUCCCCAGCCCCCAGCGCCUCGAGAGCAUCCGGCUCAAGCAGGAGCAGAAGGCCAGGAGAUCUGGGAACCCAUCCAGCCUGAGUGACAUUGGCAGCCGACGCUCCCCUCCUCCAUCUCUAGCCAAGCAGAAGCAAAAGCAGGCGGAACAUAUUCCUCCAUAUGACGUGGUACCCUCCAUGCGGCCUGUGGUGCUGGUGGGACCCUCUCUGAAAGGUUAUGAGGUCACAGACAUGAUGCAGAAGGCGCUCUUCGACUUCCUCAAACAUAGGUUUGAUGGCAGGAUCUCCAUCACCCGAGUCACCGCAGACCUCUCACUGGCAAAGCGAUCCGUGCUCAACAAUCCUGGCAAGAGGACCAUCAUCGAGCGCUCUUCUGCCCGCUCCAGCAUUGCUGAAGUACAGAGUGAGAUUGAGCGCAUAUUCGAGCUGGCCAAAUCCCUGCAGCUAGUAGUGUUGGACGCCGACACCAUCAACCACCCGGCACAGCUGGCCAAGACCUCACUGGCCCCCAUCAUCGUCUUUGUCAAAGUGUCCUCACCGAAGGUACUCCAGCGUCUCAUCCGCUCCCGGGGGAAGUCGCAGAUGAAGCACCUUACUGUGCAGAUGAUGGCAUAUGAUAAACUGGUCCAGUGCCCACCUGAGUCAUUUGAUGUGAUUCUGGAUGAAAACCAGCUGGAAGACGCCUGUGAGCACCUAGCUGAGUACCUGGAGGUUUACUGGAGGGCAACCCACCACCCAGCCCCCGGCCCUGGGCUUCUGGGCCCUCCCAGUGCCAUCCCCGGACUUCAGAACCAGCAGCUGCUAGGGGAGCGUGGCGAGGAGCACUCGCCCCUGGAGCGGGACAGCCUGAUGCCCUCAGAUGAGGCCAGCGAGAGCUCCCGCCAAGCCUGGACGGGCUCUUCACAGCGCAGCUCCCGCCACCUGGAGGAGGACUAUGCGGAUGCCUAUCAUGACCUGUACCAGCCUCACCGCCAGCACACCUCGGGGCUGCCUAGUGCCAACGGGCACGACCCCCAAGACCGCCUCCUGGCCCAGGACUCGGAGCACAACCACAAUGAGCGGAACUGGCAACGCAACCGGCCCUGGCCCAAGGAUAGCUACUGACACAGCCUCCUGCCACCCUGCCCCGGCAGGCACAGGCAUAGGCUGGCUGGGGCCCCUGUUCCAGGCAGGUCGGAGUUAGACUGGCAUGAGGCUGGCACUAGGCUCAGCCCCCGAACCCCCCCGCCCAGCCCCAGCUCCAGGCCUGCCUGCAGUCCCGAGGUUCUGGGAGAAGAGCAGGGGGCCCCCUCACCUCCUGGGCACAGUGACCCCCCCCUAGGCUGCCAUUCCAGGAAAUAGCUGUGUGUGCUGCACCCUGGCACCUUUCCUUCCUCCCGCACAAGAAACUGCCCCACUGGGCAGUGCCCUCAGGCCAGGACCCCCUUAGCAGGGGCCUUCCCACCAGACUCAGGGAAGGAAUGCCACCCAAAGAGACAAGAGGGUGGGGCAUGGGCAGCAUGGCAUGAGGGAGAAACAAGGUCCCUGAGCAGGUGCAGUCCUGUCCUAACCUGAGGGACUCAGGGGUCGUGCUUUGGGGUCCGAGGGCCUCUACUCACCUCACUGCCACACGUGAGAGAUGAGACAGUUGAAGCCCAGCAGGGUGGCACUCCUGGCAUCAGCUGGGGUGGGGCAUCCACACAAAGGCUGGAGCACGGGCAGCUGGGCCAGGGCCAGCUGAAGCUCCAGCAGGGAAGGGCUCUGCCCACCUGCCAGGAAGCAUCUUAACAUCUGAAGGGACCAGGGACUAGGAACAUUGUGGGCUGGGGGCUGGGGGAGGGAGGGCAAGUGUAGCAGAGAAUAUAUGGACGGCUUGCUCCGGGCACCUCCUUGCCCCACUCAUUCUUUCGCUCUUGCAUCCUAUCUUUUCUGUUCUUGGCCUUCAUGCCUCCCACGCCCAUGGGAUAUGGGCCUCAGACUUUAUUCCCUGAUCCAUAGCUGCUGCUCGUAAGUUAGGAUUAGAGGGGGAGAUAGGACCCAGCGGACAGCCCCCAGAGGCCCUGUCAGCCUGGCUACCCUUGUCUUAAGGCUCUAGUGUGUGACCUACAGAGCAUGCUCCACAAGACCCUGCCCCACCUCACUGUCAUCACUAAUAAACACCAUGCGCAGAC